AUGGCUGAAGCAGGAGCUGAAGCGGAGUCAGGGGAUUUGAUCCCAAAGAAAAACAGCACGUCGGCCAUUUGGCAGUAUUUUGGAUUUGAAGCCUCAGACGAACAUCAGAAACAGGUGCUGUGCAAAACAUGUCGUGCAAAAGUGGCUACAUCCGGUGGAAACACUACUAAUUUAUACCGCCACUUGAAAGUUCACCACGCGAAUUUGCAUGAAGAGUGCAUGGCGAAAAAGACCCAUGAGACAUCUAAUAGUAGUGAAAGUACUUCAGCCAAACAGACAACAAUUACAACUUCUUUUGCUAGUGUAACUCCGUAUGACAGAAGUAGCCGAAGACACAAGGAGAUAACUGCUGCAGUAACAAACUACAUUACAAAGGACAUGGUGCCUGUAAACACGGUCACCAAAGACUCGUUUAAAAGUUUACUCCGCACAAUGGAUAAGAGGUAUGUUCUGCCCUCCCACACAUACUUCAAUCAGGUUGCCAUCCCACAGCUCUAUGCAGAAUGUAAGGCCAAGGUGGCGAAAGAGCUGGAAGAUAUUGAGUUUUAUGCGUCAACUACUGAUAUGUGGUCAAGCAGAACGACCGAGCCAUAUAUGAGUCUGACGGUGCAUUUCGUCAAUGCCAACUUCGAGUUGAGAAGUCGCUGCCUGCAGACCGCAUACUUCCCCACUGACCACACCAGAGAGAAUAUUGCCAUGGGGCUGAAAGAGUGUUUGUCAAGCUGGGGUCUAAAAGAAGAGGCCCAGACGUGCAUAACAACAGACAACGCUACAAAUAUGAUAAAAGCAAUGGAACUUAACCAAUGGACCAGACUGCAGUGUUUCGGACACAGACUGCAUCUUGCAAUUGAAAAUGCUGUCAAAGAUGACCAAAGAGUCAAAAGGGCCACAGGACUUUGCAAGCAGCUGGUUGGGGUCUUCACUCACAGCUGGAAGAAGAAGUCGGCGCUAAAACAGGCACAGCAGGAAUUGAACUUACCUGAACACUCACUGAUUACUGAAUGUCCGACACGAUGGGGCUCACGGCAGAAAAUGAUUGAGAGGGUGUUGGAGCAGAGCAAGGCACUGUGCCAGGUUCUGUCUGAAGACAGAAAGACACGGCACCUGGUCCCCACUUGGCAAGACACAGAUGUCCUUGAAUCCAUAAACAGUGCCCUUGGUCCUCUUCAGGAGUUCACAGACGCCCUCUCAGGUGAGGACUACGUAAGCGUGUCAUACCUGAAGCCAGUGCUUCAUCUCCUAAGAACAUCAACGCUUGCUGAAAGUGACCAGGACACGGAUCUGACCAAGGAGAUAAAAUCAAGAGCUCUCCACUACAUUGAAGACAAAUACAAUGACCCAGUGACACAGGACCUCCUGGACAUCACAUCAUUCCUUGAUCCGAGAUUCAAGACGGCCUACAUCAGUGAAGAGAAUGUCCCAUACAUCAAAGACAGAGUGAAGAUGGAAAUGGAACAGGUGGCACAAAAGGAGCAGAGGGCUUGUGUCACAACCCAUCCCAUGCCCCCAAGUGCAGCAGAAGAACCACCAUCCACCUCUACAGGAAAGCAAAAGCGGUCAUUGGCCAGUUUUUUCAAGAGCAAGGCUGUCCCUGCUUCCUCCUCUACUGUGCAGUUGGAGGAUACCAUUAAAGCAGAACUGGACAACUACCUCAUAACUCCUACUAUUGAUGGAGAGCAAGAUCCACUGGCCUGGUGGAGAGUGCACCAUGUCAACUUUCCAUGGCUGAGCAAAUUGGCUUGGAAGUACCUUUGCAUACCAGCUACAAGCUCACCAUCAGAGAAACUGUUCAGUGCCAGUGGCAAUAUUGUCACAUGUCAGCGUGCAAGUCUAAAACCAGCAAAGGUCGACAUGUUGGUUUUCUUGGCCAAAAAUCUCUGA